UAUAUAACAAAUAAUUUGAGCAAGAUGGGUGAUCGUCCUUUUAUUGUCGGAUUUUCCUUCGGAAUUCUCCCUGUCAUCCUCGCUUACUUCAAGGGUUGGCUGUGGUUUCCUGCCGAACUGACAUGGGAGAAUCAAGGUUUUCUGAUACUGUGUGCUAUUGUCACUUUUAGUAACUAUCUGAACGAGUAUCUCCAGUGGUACCCUCUCCAGUACAGUAAGUUCGCUCCAGAAGGGGGGUGUCCCGCUAGAGUGGGCUGGUUCAUCAUGUACUCCACUCCCGCUGUAGCUUACGUUAUUGUCUGGAACUACCUGGGAGCUCCCUCCAGUUCGUACGAUCUGCUGAUGUUGGGUUUAUACUGUACUCACUUCACUAAACGGUGUCUGGAGGUGCUAUUUGUACACAAGUACAGUAAGGACUGCCUAUUUCUAACUGUUAUCGAGAUAGCCUCUUUCUACUCGCUUGGAGCUGUGGUUACCGCAUACUCUCUCCACAGACUCUCUGGACCUGACAGAAACUCUUUCCUUGACGAUGAGCUACGAGUUAAAGUAGGACUCUGUAUCUGGGUAACAGGGCAGCUGAUUAACCUGGUCCACCACUACAUUCUCUCUACUCUCCGGUCCCCUGGGUCCUACAAGUACAUUGUCCCUACUGGGGGGCUGUUCGGACUCAUUGUCUGUCCUCAGUACUGCGGGUCAGUUAGAGUGUGUUUACCGAGUUGUUAA